CCAGCACGCGCGAAGAGCCCAACGUCCCAACUAGAGCUCUCUUCCACGCCUCUUUCUCCAAUCUCCACCUCCCCACUCCCCCUCUUCCUCCGCCGAACUCCAACUCGCCAAGGCAACCAGCGGCCAUGCCGGCGGCGGUCGCUUGCUCCGUCAAGUGCCGGCCCCACCACCGCCUCUCGGCGCCGCAGCCCCACGCCGCGCUGGAGCUCCUCCCCCGCGCCCCGGCCUCCGCCGCCGGCGAGCUGCGGGCGACCCGGUGCCGGACCCCGCCUUCCCUCUCCUUCGCGCGCGCCUCCGACCAAGGGGAGGCUCCCUAUGCCCGCCCGCCGUCCGCAAGGCGGGCCCGCGCUGCCGUGGCGGGGUGCGAGGAAGUCGGCCCCGCUUCUUCCGCGGCCGCGGCCGCCCUGCUCGCCGGCGCGCAGUCGCGGCACGCUAUCUUCCGCGAGGAGCUCGUGAGGAGGGCCUACUACGCGGCGGAGGCGGCCCACCGCGGCCAGAUGCGCGCGAGCGGCGACCCUUACCUGCAGCACUGCGUGGAGACGGCGGCGCUGCUCGCGGAGCUCGGCGCAGGCCCUCCGGUUAUCGCGGCGGGGCUGUUGCACGACACGGUGGACGACGCAGGCCUGGAUUACGGCUCCAUCUCCGAGCAAUUCGGUGCUGGCGUUGCGGACCUCGUGAAGGGGGUUUCUAAUCUAAGUCAUUUGAGCAAACUGGCUCGUAGAAACGAUACGGCGAGCAGAACUGAUGAAGCUGACAGAUUGCGUACAGUCUUCCUUGCAAUGGAGGAUGCGAGAGCAGUGCUUAUCAAACUUGCUGAUAGGCUACACAAUAUGAGGACGUUGGAUUCAUUGCCCAAGAUCAAACAGCAGUGCUUUGCAAAGGAAACACUGGAGAUAUUUGCUCCAUUGGCGAAUCAAUUGGGCAUCUUGAACUGGAAGGAGCAGCUUGAAAAUCUGUGUUUCAAGCAUCUUUACCCAGAGCAAUAUGAGGAACUGUCAUCCAACCUUCAUGAGUUUUACAACAGAGAUAUGAUUGCAGCUGCAAUAAGGCGAUUGGAACAGGCCCUUCAGGUGAGAGGUCUAUCCUAUCGUUCCAUAUCAGGGAGACACAAGAGCAUAUACAGCAUCUACAGCAAGAUGACAAGGUACCAAUCGCUGCACACGGUUGUUCUCAGUGAAGAAACACUCCCAUUAGAGAUCCAAAUUCGUACUGCGGACAUGCACUUGCAGGCAGAGUUUGGAAUCGCUGCACAUUGGAGAUACAAGGAAGGCGUACGUAACUGCUCUUCAUCUCUGCCUGAAAUGGUUGAAUGGGUUAGAUGUGUCGUUACAUGGCAGUGUGAAACUUUGCACAUAGACCACCCUUCGCCUCCUGGACUUGGUUCUUCCCCAAGGGCAACAUGCACCUUCCCUUCUGACUCUGAUGGCUGUCCUUUCUCCUAUUCAAAACAAUGUGACCACACUGGACCAAUCCUAGUGAUACUUCUGGAGAAUGAAAAGAUGUCGGUGCAAGAGCUCCCACAAAAUUCGAAAAUACUGGACCUGUUGAAGAGGGCUUCAAGCUACGACAUGCAGUUGAGCCUAAGGCUGAACAGCCAUGCUGUGCACAACCUGAACCAGGAGCUGAAGAUGGGCGACGUGCUGGAGCUGAUCCCUUCAACUCCAUGCAAAUCUGGAGGCUACAUGAGGGAGCUCAACCAAAUGUCUGAUCACCGUCUCGCCGUUUCGCAGUCUUGACAGCCGUAGACCAGCAGAUCUUGUGAAUACAUAUAUGACAGCGCAGCUAAAUCGUCUGAAGUUUAGGUGACCGCACUGAUAGAAUCAUAACAGAUAGUGUAGCAUUUGGUGUAUAUUUUUGUUGAUACAUUUGUUCAAGUAGAGCAAAAAAAGUUAACUUGUAAAUAGUACGUGAUACAGCUCGGGAAUUGUUCUUAGUUUUAAAACACCUAUUGAGAAAAUAGAACAUGGUUAGGCUAA